UAUAUAUACACCCAAGAUGAAUUCGCAUGUGCGUUCAUCUUGGGUGUAUAUAUAUGUUUCAUGUUUGCCUAUUAACAUUUUUCAUUUAUUGCUAGUGUUUAUAUGUACGGUACCAUUAUUUUUUUAGUAUAUGUUUUACAGUUUGGAGGUUCUCUUUGUACAUUUUAAUUUAUCAAAAACUAUAUUAUAAAAUGCAAGUUAUAUGCUAUCGUCUUUGUCGAAAAAAAAGAGUAGAAUGCUAUCGUCAGAAUUUUCUUAUCAGAAGAUACAUUUAUCAUUUAAAAACCAUAAUCAGCACUUGACACGCCAAACCGACAUAUAAUCCAAAUGGGAUAAGAUCAUUCCGGACGUUUUAUAUACACCACCGGACAACGAUGUGCUAUGUGGAAUGUUGUCAUGGAUUCAUCAUUCAUGGCUCUGUCGCAGGAACCGGAUCAAUUCACGCUUCAAUUCAAUAGUUUCGCAUCUUGAACCGGGUCUGAUCAAUAAUUUUAUACAUACACACUUAAAAAGAUGGCAAUGCAUUGGAUCCAAACAAUGGAAAGAAAUAUUAAAUAGUAUUUGUCUGUUCCAAUUAAUCUAAUCAACUUUCUGAAUCAUUAGUUUAUAAUGAGUAUUUUAUCUAGUUCAUGUAUGAACCAGCUAAACAUUUUUUUGCACUACAUAUCAGCAUCAAAGCAAAAAGGACAUUACGCAUUAUCAGGAUCAAAAUUAAUUACUCAAACAUUAAUUCAUAAUUCAUAUCUCGACGUUGGAAACUUGUGUAGUUAGUGAAAGAAACAGAUAUCAAUCUAAGCUUUUGGCAUUUUCUCAAACAAAGGUUCUUCUUCUUGUAUUCCUUCUUCUGAAUGCCUACCCCGAGAAUGUUGGUCUACCUUUGCAAUCGAUUUUAUUUCCCCUUGUGUUAUUAUUUUAUUAUAUAUAUAUUUCUUAUGAUUUACAUGUCAACCUUUUAUCAAUCGUAGCCUCUACUCCGUUAUCAUGCCAUAGUUCAUGAUAUAUACGUACAUAUCAUUAUACUUUAGGCUCCGAAUAUAACAAAAAUCUCUACAUAUACCAUAUAUCUAUACGUUUUUGUAACUGUCAGAACCGCACCGCAGUCAAACCGCUUAUCCCGCACCGCUCAAUCCGCUGUUACCAUUCGGAGCGUGUUUACAAUGAUAAUAUGGCUUCAGCACAAACAAAUACAUAUAUAUAUACAUAUAUAUAUAUUUAUUCAAAUCCAUUAACAUAUUUCAUAAAAUAUGUUAUGCUAAAGUUGUACUGCUAAGAACAAUUUGUCAAUCUAAUCAUAAAUCGGUACCUACUAACGUAGACGGCAUUUGAUGAGCCGAUGAUGGACUUGACAAAGAAAUAAAGUAGUAGUAUAAGAUAAGUGGCAAAUCCCAUGAAAUUUGUAGUAAAAUGCCUCAAAAUAAAUUUAUGAAAUGCAUGAUUGAGACAAACAUUCAUUUUAUAUUAAUUGCGUUAAAUGAAUAAUUUACAAUAUUGAGAUUCAUAUAAAAUAUUUUUAAAAUCUGAUUUUUUUUCUUUUCGUAUUUGAUUUAACGAGUAUACUAGUUUAGUGGUGUAACAAAAUUUAAAUCAAUAACUAAAAACUAAAAACUAAAAAAAUAACAGAGUUAUACAAGGAUGCAAUUAGACGUAGGUAAUUACCGACAACUAUGUAUUAAUUGUAUGGUAAGUCUUAAUAAAAAGAUCAUAUAAUUAGACCAAAAAUUUGGUAGUAAGAUACAAAAUACUAUUCAAAAAAUUGUAAAGGCAUCAAAGUAUGUUAUAAUGUUAUAUGAUGCAUGCGUAAAAUGAUCAUGGUUACAAUAAUUUUAUAUAGAUUAAAUGAAAACAUAAUUUUGUAAAUGGAAUGGAAUCGGAUGAAAACUGUAGAAUAGAGAAAUUUGAGAUUCCUUUUAGUCUUUACUUUAUUAGUAAAAUGUAUGUUUCUUUUCUAAUUACUCAACAAAAUAUCUUAGCAUCAAAUUAGAUUAGCUGUCCGCUAAAAACUUUGUGGACCACCUGUCAACAGCAACACUUCUAUCGGCUCACGCGUGAGACUAUUUAAAGCCAAGCAAACUCUUCCUUGUUCUUUAUCUGUAAAACUCUCAAUUUAUCUUCUCUCCUGUACAUUGUUCUUCUUCACAAUCUGCAACGACAUUUUUAAUUAGGGUUUCUUAGUUCUGAGAGACAUCAUGGAGAUAUAUGGAAUGGUUACAGGAAAAGCAGGAAAGAGUGGAUACGGAUCAGCAUCAACAGCUGAAGAUGUCACUCACUCCAUUGAUGCCAAACAUCUCACUGCUAUCAUCACAGGUGGAACAAGUGGGAUUGGAUUAGAAGCAGCAAGAGUGUUGGGAAUGAGAGGAGCUCAUGUCAUUAUCGCCGCAAGAAACACAAAAGCAGCUAACGAUUCUAAAGAGAUGAUUCUUCAGAUGUACCCUAAUGCACGCAUCGACUGUCUUCAGCUUGAUCUCUCUUCCAUCAAAUCCGUCAGAUCCUUCAUCCAUCAGUUUCUUGCCCUUAAUGUCCCUCUCAACAUACUCAUAAACAAUGCAGGUGUUAUGUUCUGUCCUUUCCAGCUCAGUGAAGAUGGGAUUGAAUCACAAUUCGCAACAAACCACAUUGGUCAUUUUCUGUUGACGAAUCUCCUUCUGGACAAAAUGAAGAGUAGUGCAAGAGAAAGUGGGAUCGAAGGAAGGAUCGUGAAUCUGUCAUCUAUCGCUCAUACUUAUACUUACACCGAAGGCAUAAUGUUCGAUUACAUCAACGACCCUGAUCGAAAAAAAGCUUAUGGACAGUCAAAACUGGCAAACUUAUUGCACUCCAAUGCACUCUCUCGUAAACUACAGGAGGAAGGUGUGAACAUCACAAUAAACUCGGUACACCCUGGACUUAUAACCACUAAUCUCUUUCGUCACUCCGGUUUAGGAAUGGCGGUCCUCAAGGCUAUGAGUUUCUUCUUAUGGAAAAACAUACCACAGGGAGCAGCAACGACAUGCUACGUGGCACUUCAUCCUGACUUAAAAGGCGUCACCGGGAAGUACUUCACGGACUGUAACGUCACCACUCCAAGUAACUUCGCCACCGACACUACCCUCGCCGAUAAACUUUGGGAUUUCAGUAUAAAACUCGUCGAUUCCCUUCCCUAACUAUAUAUCUAAACAAAUUUGUACUCGAUAAUGUUUUCCAUUAAUUUUUAUCACCACAUAUUUGUACUCGAUAAUGUUUUCCAUUAAUUUUUAUGACCACAUAUUUGUUUAUGGAACUAA